AUGAAUCAACAGGCGAGCAACAUCCAGGAAAACUACGGUUCUCGUUUGGAAAAAAUUCAUUCAUUAGAAAUUUUGGACCAAAAAUUUGGUUUCCAACGUUACACUGAUAUAGAGUGGAAAGAUGCGUGGUUGUUGAAUGUUCAGCCG